AACUUUGUUUUUUAUUGAUCACCAUUUCAUUUUUCUAUGUGUGUAUACAAUAUAGAGUUUUGGCUUGAGCAUUUCCGUUUCAGAGACGGGGUUCUUCUGCAGGAGGGUUUUUGUGGGUUUUCUUGCAGUGGUGGUGUUUGGUGUUUUGGUACACUUGCAUUCUUUGGUUUUUCCUGUUCUGCGACGGCGACAGGGGGAGUGAAGGAGCAAAUGGGUCAGAGAAAAGGAGGAGCUAGGGUUUCGGAAGACCCAGACGAUCUAGCUCGCAUACCAUUGCAGGCCAUUCUUUUGGCUGAUAGCUUCGCGCAGAAGUUCCGCCCCAUUACUCUCGAACGCCCCAAAGUUCUAUUGCCAUUGGUUAAUUUACCUAUGAUUGAUUACACCUUGUCAUGGCUUGAGUCUGCUGGGGUGGAAGAAGUUUUUGUCUUUUGUUGUGCACAUUCAAAGCAAGUGAUUGAUUAUUUGGAGGCUUCCCAAUGGUUUUAUCAACCAAACUUUUCGGUUACAACAAUAGAAUCCCAUGAUUCAAUUAGUGCUGGAGAUGCUCUACGGUUAAUUUAUGAGCGGCACGUGAUACAUGGAGAUUUUGUCCUUAUUACUGGUGAUACAGUCAGCAACAUGUCGCUGACACAGGCACUUCAAGAACACAAAGAGAGAAGGAAAAAAGAUAGUAAUGCUGUAAUGACAAUGGUUAUUAAACAGUCAAAGCCUUCUCCUGUAACUCACCAAUCACGACUUGGUACUGAUGAGCUGUUUAUGGCAAUUGAUCCUCAAUCAAAGCAGCUUUUAAGUUAUGAUGAUAAGGCAGACUAUUUAAAAGGGACUCUAUCUCUUGACAAGACAUUGCUAUCGGAUAAUGCUUCUAUAUCUCUGCACAAUGACAUGCAGGAUUGCUAUAUUGAUAUUUGUUCCACGGAAGUCCUUAGUCUUUUCACUGAUAAUUUUGACUAUCAACAUCUACGUCGCCAUUUUGUCAAGGGAUUGCUUCUUGAUGAUAUUAUGGGUUACAAAAUUUUCACUUAUGAAAUUCGCUCAAGUUAUGCGGCUAGGAUUGAUAACUUCCGUAGCUAUGACACUGUUAGCAAGGAUAUAAUCCAGAGAUGGACAUAUCCAUUGGUGCCUGAUGUUCAGUUUUUUGGAAAUUGUGCGACUAAACUUGAAAGACAGGCGAUGUACCGAGCAUCGGAGAUAGAGCAAUCGCAAUCUGCGCAUAUUGGUCCUUUCACUGUCAUUGGGAAUGGCACCACUAUUGGUAAUGAUACUAGAAUUUCAAGUUCAGUUGUUGGAGGAGGGUGUACCAUUGGGUCCAAUGUGUCAAUUGAAGGUUCCUACAUUUGGAAUAAUGUAACUAUUGAGGAUGGCUGCAAGCUGCGACAUGCAAUAGUAUGUGAUGGUGUGAUAGUAAAAAAGGGUGCUGUUUUGGAACCAGGUGUGAUUUUGUCUUUCAAGGUUGUUGUUGGACAAAAAUUUAUUGUUCCUGCUUACUCAAAGGUAUCUUUGCUUCAGCAGCCGACCAAGCAAGACAGUGACGAGGAGCUGGAGUAUGCUGAACCUAGCACCGGGAUCGUUGAGUCUGCAAUUAUUACUAGUGGACCGGAAAAGCUCAAUGAAGAAUUUUCAUCUAAUUCAUCUGAUCCACAGUGCUGGGCUAGAUCCGAGGUUGGUGCUGGGGGAACUGGUUUCAUUUGGUCAUUUUGUGAAGGAGGGAAUGAUGAGGAAUGGAGGCAUUCAGUUGCGCCCAUUCCUGCAGAUAAAAUUGCUGAAGUUAUUGAAGCUACCGGGGAUGACCAGGAGACAUUCACUCAAGAUGGCAACGUUCUCCUGCCUUCAGAAGAACAUUAUUCUGAAGAUGAUGAUAAUGAUGAUUCUGUCUACUUUGAGAAAGAGGUUGAAGCAACUUUCCUGAGGGCUGUUCACGAAAAUGUAAUGGAAGAUAAUGUGAUUUUAGAAGUGAACUCACUGAGGUUAUCAUACAAUAUGACAUCUGUGGAUUGUGCUAGUGCAAUAUUUUACUCAGUGAUGAAAUUGGCUUUAGAAGCACUGCAUACUUCAACGAAAGAAUUGCAUAGAAACGUUGGGGAUGUUAUCACUAGAUGGCAGAAACUUUUGAAGUAUUACCUACCUGGCUUAGAUGAGCAGAUUGAGGCUAUAUUGAAAUUUGAAGAGAUGUGUUUGGAAUCUGCAAAGGAAUUCUCCCCAUUAUUUUCAGCGAUAUUGCAUCUUUUGUAUGAGAAAGAUUUUUUAGAAGAAGAUGCUAUUCUCCGCUGGGCACUUGAAAAAGAGGGGGCAGAUGAAACAGAUAAAGUUUUCGUUAAGCAGUCAGAAGCAUUUAUCCAAUGGCUUAAGAAUGCAUCCGAAGAAGAAGAAGAAGAAGACGAAGAAGUAGAAGAUUGAUAAGAGAAGGGACUUCAACAAAAGUAGGUGUAGGCUGUUGGAUAUUGAAAGUGAAUAUACAUAUAGUCAUCAUCAUGGAACAUUGUAAAUACAGUGUAUCAUUAUUCUCUGUAGCCUGUAGUGGAAUAUCUGGGGAAGGGGCUUUGUUCUUGUUUUCCAAAAUUUUGAUUUGCACUUUCUUGAACGGCACACUUGAUAAUGUGAGGUCAUUUAUUUUUAACUUUUUUCUAUUCAAAAAUCAUUAAUUAAUAGCAGUUAGGAAUUAUUGGUUAUAAACCAUGGGACAUUAUCUUGUUUAUUACAAUGAAGAAUACUAUUUAUUA